AUGGAGGCGUCAUUGAGUUCACGUGGUAAACAAUCUGUUGCUUCCAAAGGAAAACCAGAUACCCAUGAAGAGGAGGAGAGUGGUUGGACAGCUUACUUUGAAGAUUUCAUAGCAAACCAAAGAGAACAUAGCUCAAAUUCAGAUACUUUUAUUAACCCUUCCUUUGUUUCUGAUGCUGCUUCUUAUGUUCCAUGGAAUGUAAUCUCCAACAACAAUCAAGAACUAGCAUGCCCUUCAAUGGUUGCCUCACCACCGAAGAAUCCCAAGAAACUAAAUUUCAAGAAAACAAGAAGCAAAGAAAUAUUUUAUGACGAUUCAUUGGAAGAUACUGCUAGUUCUCCUGUCAAUAGCCCCAAGGCGUCAUUGAGUUCACGUGGUAAACAAUCUGUUGCUUCCAAAGGAAAACCAGAUACCCAUGAAGAGGAGGAGAGUGGUUGGACAGCUUACUUUGAAGAUUUCAUAGCAAACCAAAGAGAACAUAGCUCAAAUUCAGAUACUUUUAUUAACCCUUCCUUUGUUUCUGAUGCUGCUUCUUAUGUUCCAUGGAAUGUAAUCUCCAACAACAAUCAAGAACUAGCAUGCCCUUCAAUGGUUGCCUCACCACCGAAGAAUCCCAAGAAACUAAAUUUCAAGAAAACAAGAAGCAAAGAAAUAUUUUAUGACGAUUCAUUGGAAGAUACUGCUAGUUCUCCUGUCAAUAGCNUUUUGGUUCAACGGACCGGUGUGUUCAAAUCAACUUAUGUGUAUCUCGACUAA